GUUGCUGCCGCCGCGGCCGCCGCUGCCUCUUCCUUCCUCCUGCGCCGUCCCCUCCUCGGCCCGGGCGGGGGGCUCGGCGCGUCGAGCUCUGCUGAGUCGGGCGCUCCGGGAGGUGGACGCCUCCGGCGGCGGCGGCGGCGGCGGCGGCCGCGACGGUGGUGGUGGCAGCGCGGGCCGGGAAACUUUGCCCCUUUGUGCGCUCCGCCCCGGAGGCGGCGGGCAGGCAGCGCUGCCUUCUCUAUCAUCCUGACCCAAGAGGAGAAAAAAUACUGGGAGAAGACUCCUUGCCUUGCUCUGCCCCACCACACACCCACUUGCUCACCUCAUGCCUGGGUCUCUGGUGGGUGAGGGUGAAGAACUCACCCAGCCAAGAUGAUCCAUUCCCUAGGUGCUGUUGCUGCUGUCCUCCCCCAGAUCCGGGGCCCCAUUAGGUGGGAGAGUGGCCCUGGAAGGAGCCCUGUCAGACUGCUUCAGAGAAGGUGAAGAGGGCUUAAGAAGAGGCGCCCAUCCCAGACACAGAAGCUCCUUGCCUUCGCCCUGUAGACUCUUGGCCGUUUUAGGAGAGAAGAACCUGUUGGUGACCCUUGGGCAGGAGGAAACUGGGCUGUGGUUCUGCCCUGCACCUAUGCUCCUUCCUCUGACAGCAUCAGUGUCAUGAGCCAGUUUCAGGUGCCCCUGGCCGUCCAGCCAGACCUGCCAGGCCUUUAUGACUUCCCUCAGGGCCAGGCGAUGGUAGGGAGCUUCCAGGGGCCUGGGCUUCCCAUUGCGGGGAGUGAGGCCCAACUACGAGGGGGUGGAGAUGGGAGGAAGAAACGGAAACGGUGUGGGACUUGUGAGCCCUGCCGGCGCCUGGAAAACUGUGGGGCUUGCACCAGCUGUACCAACCGCCGCACGCAUCAGAUCUGCAAGCUGCGUAAGUGUGAGGUGCUGAAGAAAAAAGUGGGGCUUCUCAAGGAGGUGGAAAUAAAGGCUGGUGACGGAACGGGGCCGUGGGCACAAGGGGCGGCUGUCAAGACAGGCUCAGAGCUCAGCCCAGUUGAUGGACCUGUUCCAGGUCAGAUGGACUCAGGGCCAGUGUACCAUGGGGACUCAAGGCAGCUAAGCACCUCAGGGGCGCCGGUCAAUGGUGCUAGAGAGCCCGCCAGACCCAAUCUACUAGGGGCUGUGGGUCCUUGGCGGGUAGACCAGAAGCCCAACUGGGACGCUGCCCCAGGCCCAACUCACACUGCUCGCCUAGAAGAUGCCCAUGAUCUGGUGGCCUUUUCGGCUGUGGCCGAAGCUGUGUCCUCUUAUGGGGCCCUUAGCACCCGGCUCUAUGAAACCUUCAACCGUGAGAUGAGUCGUGAAGCUAGCAACAAUAGCAGGGGCCCCCAGCCAGGGCCUGAGGGCUGCUCUGCUGGCAGCGAAGACCUUGACACCCUGCAGACAGCUCUGGCCCUUGCACGGCAUGGCAUGAAACCACCCAACUGCAAUUGCGAUGGCCCAGAGUGCCCUGACUACCUCGAGUGGCUGGAGGGGAAGAUCAAGUCUGUGGUCAUGGAGGGAGGGCAGGAGCGGCCCAGGCUCCCGGGGACUCUGCCACCUGUUGAGGCUGGCCUUCCAGCCCCAACCACCAGGCCACUCCUUAGCUCUGAGGUCUCCCAAGUACCUCCUCUGGAGGGUCUACCCCUGUCCCAGAGUGCUCUGAGCAUCGCCAAGGAAAAAAACAUCAGCUUGCAGACAGCCAUUGCCAUCGAGGCCCUCACACAGCUCUCCUCCGCCCUCCCCCAGCCUUCUCAUUCCACCUCCCAGACUUCUUGCCCCCUACCUGAGGCCUUGUCCUCUCCUGCCCCAUUCAGGUCUCCCCAGUCCUACCUCCGGGCUCCCUCAUGGCCUGUGGUUCCCCCUGAGGAGCACCCAUCCUUUCCUCCUGAUAGCUCAGCCUUCCCUCCGACAACUCCAAGGACUGAGUUUCCUGAAGCCUGGGGCACUGACACCCCACCAGCGACACCCCGGAACUCCUGGCCCGUGCCCCGCCCAAGUUCUGACCCCAUGGCUGAACUGGAGCAGCUGUUAGGCAAUGCCAGUGAUUACAUCCAGUCAGUAUUCAAGCGACCUGAGGCCUUGCCCACCAAACCUAAGAUCAAGGUUGAGGCACCUUCUUCCUCCCCAGCUCCGUCAUCAUCCCCCGUUCUCCAGAAGGAGGCUCCCCCACCAUCCUCGGAGCCUGACACCCACCAGAAGGCCCAGACUGCCCUGCAGCAGCACCUUCACCACAAGCGCAGUCUCUUUCUAGAACAGGCCCACGAUGCCUCAUUCCCUGCUUCCUCAGAGCCUCCUGCUCCUGGCUGGUGGGCCCCGCCAAGCUCACCUGCCCCACGGCCUACAGAUAGACCACCAAAGGAGAAGAAGAAAAAGCCCCCUGCACCAGCUGGACCUCUUGUGGGAACUGAGAAAGCCACCCCUGGGAUUAAGCCCAGUGUCCGAAAACCCAUUCAGAUCAAGAAGUCUAGGCCCCGGGAACCGCAGCCCCUCUUCCUGCCUCUCAGGCAGAUCGUCCUGGAAGGGCUGAAGUCCUCUGCCUCCGAGGAAGUGCAGGCACCUCCACCUACCCCUCUCCCCAACCCUCUCCCUGCCACACAGGGCUCUGCUCUCCCUGUGCCCCCAGAACCUUCUCUUGCGCUAUUUGCACCUAGUCCCUCUGGGGACAGCCUGCUGCCCCCUACUCAGGAAAUGAGGUCCCCCAGCCCCAUGGCAGCCUUGCAACCAGGCUCCACUGGCCCCCUUCCCCCUGCUGAUGACAAGCUGGAAGAGCUCAUUCGGCAGUUUGAGGCUGAAUUUGGGGAUAGCUUUGGGCUUCCCGGCCCUCCUUCUGUGCCCAUUCAGGACCCUGAGAGCCAGCCAUCAUGUCUCCCAGCCCCUGAGAGCCCUUUUGCUACCCGCUCUCCCAAGCAGAUCAAGAUUGAAUCCUCAGGGGCUGUGACUGUGCUCUCAACCACCUGCUUCCAUUCAGAGGAGGGAGGCCAGGAGGCCACACCUACUAAGGCUGAGAACCCACUCACACCCACCCUCAGUGGCUUCUUGGAGUCACCUCUUAAGUACCUGGACACACCCACCAAGAGUCUGCUGGACACACCUGCCAAGAGGGCCCAGGCUGAGUUCCCCACCUGCGAUUGCGUCG